AUGGGGGCCCAAACAGCAAGUGUAUGGCCUGCUGAGCAACAUCCAACCCGCUGGGAAGCCGUAGACGCCCACCAGGUACUAUCAAUCUCAGCCAUAGAACGUUUCCGAACAGCCCUGAUGCACGGUGAGGGUGACGCCGUCAGUCACAAUGCCGCCUCCCUCGAUUUGGAUUCUUGCCUUGCAACGCCUAUAGCUGAAGCUGGCUCACGGCCAUAUACAUACCCACUGAUACCUUUAUAUGGGCUGCAAGCCCUCCUGUCCGACAACGAACAUGCAGCCUUGUGUCUUGAAUAUUGCGACACUUUUGGAACACACGUCUACGUCAACGAGAUAAGCCCCGAGGGAAUCGCAGCUCGAUUAAAUCCGCCAUAUCUGCAGCUGGCGUUGAAUUGUAUUUCCUCGGCCUUCUCGGACUCGCAAGCAAAGACGCAGGAAGCAUCAUCAUACGCCUUUCCUGAGCACCUUUUUCAAGCUGGCUCCCACAUUUGGCUAGUUAUGAUGGAAGUCGAUCGUCGCGAAACCCGUAGCGCGAGGGCAGUAAUUGCUAUCAUAAGACGGAUCCGGAUGACGGAUGAUUCUCCGUCUGCAUAUACUGCAUCGAGUGUAUCCGAAAGACAUCUAGUAGGAAAAAGCGUACUUCUAUGCUACGUACUAUUGAUUGAUACAAUUCACGCCUUGCAAAGCAAUACCGCGCCAAAUUACUCUAUCAGCGAGCUUUCUUUCUGCAUGCCACAAUCGGGCUAUCCAUUUCAAAUGAUCAAUGGUGCACUGCUUCAUGGUCAAGCUAUUCCAAAUGAUCUUGGCAAUCGCGAAGAUGCUCUAGCAUUGUCAAUUGCGCUUCUCUCGAAUAUCAUACAAACCCACAAGAUGUACUUUGGGCCAUUAAGUGUACACAUUCGUCCAGAUCCAUGGAACCCUUACCGGCCGCUCACGUGGAGAUCGGAGCUCACGAAUACUGUCGCAGUGUUCAACAGUGCGCUCGCUCGGUGGGAAAGUCACUUCCUCCAAAAAGCAGACCAUGAUGUACUCGCCUUGCACUACUUUACAAAGCUCUAUCUCAUGGUUCCAAGCAUCGCGGAAUUUCCAAGCCUGGCUCGUGGCGAUGCGAUCCGUUCAGUACAAUUGGCGGAACAAAUGGUCAUCCCCGACGAAGCAUGGGAGACCGCGUGGGACGUCUUUGAGCAUGUUGACUUAGCUAUCAAGGUGAAAGAGUACAGGAUUUCAAUCUGGCUACCCGAAAUUAUAUUCUUGUCGGCUGUGAUUGUCUGGCGCAGCCAUUCGAACAAUGGCCAUCGUCGGAGAUAUGGAGGUCUUCGGUCACUUGUCAUGUAUCAGAAUUUUCUGCUACGAUUACCAUGGCCAUGUUGUAGGGAAAUGGCGGCAGUUCUGGAUCUGCUCUCGGGAUCGGAAGAGAUGACGUUCCCGACGUAUCUGUCUCCUCAUCUGCCUCGUCGCCCACCGCGCACGUGA